AAAAUUUCAGCAUUGAAAAAAAUUUCGGUUUUUUAAAUAAAUUCUUCGUUUUAAACAUUUUCCAAUGACCGCAGCUCGAUACAUUCGAAGUUGGUUAAGUCUUUUAUUAGUUGGAUUACCUGCACGAGGAUAGCAAGAUGUUAGCGAGAUUACGCAAGGGUCUGACUGCGGUUCACUGGAAGAGGCAGCCGAGUCGCUUGUUGAGCGCGAUGAACACAAUACUUCGCAGGGGUCGGAACAAUGGUAAGGUGGGUAGCGACCAGCUGCCCAAGCGGAAACAACAGGUAACAUCGCUGAGGAACGAACAUUUCGAUGUGCUGGUCAUCGGCGGCGGCGCCAUCGGCUGUGGCUGUGCCCUAGAAGCUACCACACGUGGCUUUAAGACGGCACUGAUAGAGGCUGAAGAUUUUGCCAGCGGUGCCAGCUGCAAGUCUAGCAAACUAAUUGAAGGCAGCAACUCGUAUUUGCAUGCGGCCAUACAGGGCGCUGAUCUGCAGCAGAUCUUCAUGCUGCAGCAGGUGCUGAAUGAGCGUGCCACCAUGCUGACCAUAGCGCCCCAUCUGAAUCGCGUGCAACCCAUGCUGAUCCCCAUCUACAGCCCGCUGAGACUGCCCCUCUACUGGCUGGGCUUGAAGAUGUACGAUGCCAUGGCGGGCAUGUCCAAUGUGCGCGGCUCACAUUUUCUAUCCAAGGAGGCAACGCUCAAUGAGUUCCCGCUGCUGCGUAGGAAUGGACUGCUAGGCUCCCUGGUCUACUACGAUGUGCAGCUGGAUGAUGCGCGCAUGUGCCUGGCCUUGGCCAUGACGGCGGCAAAGCAUGGCGCUACUGUGGCCAACUAUGUGCGAUUGCACGAGCUAAUGCCACCGACCGGUGACAAUGGCUGCCGCACGGUGCGAGUCGAGGAUACGGUCAACGACUCGUGCUUUACCAUCAACAGCAGGGUCGUCAUCAAUUCAACGGGCGCAAAUACAGAUGUGGUUAGACAGUUGGAUGACAGCGGUGUCAGCCCCAUAUCAGUGCCCAAAAUGGGCACACAUGUUGCACUGCCCAGCUAUUAUGGCUCCCAGAACUGUGGGCUGCUCUUUCCCAGCGAUCAAACCGCGGAACAGGCUCUGAUCAUGUUGCCCUUUGAAAACAGCAUGCUAGUGGGCAGCCUCGAUGUGGAACGCCCAGAAUCGAGUGAGCAGACACCAACUCCGGCAUUCGAAGAGGUGGAAUGUCUGCUAGCGCAAACGCGUCGGAUGCUCGAGCAGUGCGUGCAGCUGCGUUCGGGCCAUGUGAUGAGCGCCUGGACGGGCAUUAAGCCUUCGAUUAUGUGUCCAUCCGUGGAGAACAAAGAAGAUGAGGAGCCAAAUACGGUAUCCAAUUAUUUGUUGGAAGUCAGCGGCAACCAGAUGAUAACCUUGGCUGGCGGACGCUGGAGCACAUAUCGUGUGAUGGCCCUCGAUGCGAUCAACACGGCCAUCGAAAUCUGUCAGUUGGAGCCGCACACGGAUUCUAGCAUCACAAAGAAUCUGCUACUGGACGGCGCCAAUGAUUUCUGUUGCAUGCUGCCCCUCGAUCUGGUGCAGGCCUACGACUUGCCCAUGGAUGUGGCCCAGCAUCUGGCCGAUUCCUAUGGCACCAAUGCCAGCCACCUGCUAGCGAACAGUUGUCGCAGUGGCCGACAGCGGCUGCACCCAAAGUUUCCCUAUAUCCAAGCAGAGGUGACAUAUGCCUGCCAGCGGGAGUACGCCUGCCAUCUGGUGGAUGUGAUCGCCCGACGCCUACGUGUGGCCUUUGUCAAUGUGACGGCUGCUGCCGAGAUGUUGCCCACCGUACUGGACCUCAUGUCUGAAGAGCUCUUCUGGAAGAAGCAUAAGAAGGAGCAGGAGUUGAGAGCAGCGCAAUAUUUUCUAGCUGAGCAAAUGGGCCUCGGCAGCAUUGUCAAGCAGAAGAAACAGUUCAAAUUCCGGGAGAGUAAAGCGCCUGAGCAUGAAAGUACCCAAGUUAACCAACAAGAGUACAAUCGACAAUCACUGAAUACGAAUUCAGUUCAAGCAGUCCUCAGUUCGGUUCCAAAACAAGCUAGCACCGACAUGAAGUCGCGCCUUAGCAGCCAAAUGGAGACAAAUGCCACAUCUGUGGGCUUUAGAGGAAUAGCAGCCCCGGUCAGUAGUGAAUAUUCCCCAAUGCGAGUACAAGCGUGCAUUCCCGCGCCCCUCAAGAGCGAGACCAUCCCUACAAAUGAUUCAGCUAAUCUAGAAACCAAGAGAUCUCCAUCGAGCACUCCUUCAGAUACAGUCGGCGAGUCAGUUCCUGUCAGUACAUCCUUGAGCCCUUCCACCUCAAUUCAGAAACCAAACGUAGAAUGUGUACCUGCAGAAAGCACGCCUACCCCGCUAAUAGUCAAGAAGAAGCCUAAGGUCUGCAGCUUCAGUCCCUAUGUUAUAGCUGGAUCGGAACCCAAAGGCCCUGGACCUGGCACAACAAUCACUUCAGCAGGAUCCGAAGAAGUUAGCGGCUUAACUGAGUCCUCCUCCUCCAACCUGAAAGACACGACCAACAGCAUCGAACCAAAAACCAACUACGACUCACAGAGCAUGGCUCAAUGCCCCGAGCUUGAGCCCCAACAGGAGCAGUCUGGAAACUCUAAGCUUUCUGCCUCAAAUGUAACUACCGACACUAACAAUGUCGCAUCAACAGUCAAGCAAGAAGGCACCGCCCACAUUAAAGAGGACAAGGAACGGCCAUCUGCAGAAUCUGCGACAGUUCCCAAAAAGAGUGUUGUCAACAUUGUCAAAUCGGAGCUUGUAAAUAGUGGCAAUAAAGCCGACUGUAGCUACACUAACUCAACGACUGGCAGCGCUACGGCUCUAGAAGGCAGCAGUAAAAUUGAGGUCGAGGCGACAGUCCUUGAGGAACGGCCAUCUGCCGAAUCUGCGGCAAUCUCCAAAAACAGUGUUGUCAAAUCGGAGCUAACAAACUGUAGCCAUAAAGCUGACUGUGGCUACACUACCUCAACGACUGGCAGCGCUUCGGCUCUAGAAGGCACCAGUCAAACUGCCGUCGAGGCGACAGUCCUUGACAAUGGUGCUGCAAUAGCCGAACCGACUUCUGGCAUCUCGAGACUUAGUGUUGAAACGGAUUGCAUUUCCUCAAUGACUGGCACUAGCGCGGCCCCAGAAGGCAGCCAUCCAAUUACCGACACGGCGACAAAUCCUAGAAGCAGUGCUGACAACUAUGAACUUGCGAAGCCUGCAGCUUGCAUCUCAAUUCCUAGCGUUGUGGCGGUAAGUGAGAUCAGCACUUCAAAUAUUGUCAGCGGUACGGCCCCAGAAGAUAGCAGUCGUACAACAGAUACGGCAGCAAUCCUUGAAUCCGCAAUUGCCAGCCUUGAGGUACUUGAGCAAACCAUAAUCAAAGCGAAUGCCGGCGAAGAGUCGUCAAACACCGUUGAGAGUAGCAGUAGCCCAACUUGUCCUUCAGCUGAUCUGCAUAAAGAAGAUGGAGACAAAGCUGUAGUUGCCAGAUCAAGCAACGAAAAUGAUGUCAAGAAAAAUCCCACUGGAUCCGAUACGGAAACUUAAAGUUGUGACUGUCUCGUAUGUAGACUUUUGAAAAAUUAAUGUUAUAUCAUUUCUGGUAUGAAAGCAACAAAUUUGCCUGUAAGACUGCGUAUUUUAAAAUAUGAUAUGAGUGCACUCAUACACAGGCACACUAACAUCAUUUGGUGUUCGGUGAUUAAGUGUGCAUGUGUGUAGAGUGCGUAAAUAUGGAAAGAUGAUCGUGUCGAAGCGCGGCAUAUAAACAAUAAUAAAAGACAUUA